AUGGACCAAAAACAAGACGUUCACCGGCCGCUGCCCUCGUGCAUUGUCUUUGGCUCCUUGACUACGUGGCCAUCGGAGCAGGAACUCGGCCUCGUGCACGACACGCUGCUCGCGAGCAAGCAGCACCGCGACCGCUCGCAACCGGUCGUCGAGGCCCUGCGCAGCCUCCCGCAGCUCUGGGACCAGCUGGUUUCCCGCCACGCCGGGCUGGCACGUCUCCCGUCGGGCCGCGAUGCCGCCGACCAACUCGCGCAAUGGGCGUCCUCCUUGUCAGGGGAGACGCAGCUACUCCCACAACAAGCUGGCCAGCAGCAGCUGAACCGGCUCGCCAUGCCUGUGACAGUGCUCCGGCACUUGGUGCAGUACUUUGGAUUUCUCGACCACCUUUCCGUCGAGAAUCCGAGCAGCCCUUUUAGUGGCGCCGCGCACGCGGCUGUUCUCGACUCGCUCAAGACGGCCGGAGCAGGCAUCCAGGGCUUCUGCGUCGGGAUGCUGAGCGCGCUCGCCACGGCGGGCGCGCCCGACGACGAGGCGCUUGCUAGGAAUGCGGCGCUGGCCGUCCGGCUCGCCUUCGCGGCGGGCGCGUUUGUCGACCUCGACGCCCUCGACGCCGGCCCUACCACGUGCCUUGCCAUUCGGUGGCGAGCGCCAAUGGGCUUGGACGGUGUUGAAGAGGUGUUGGCGAAAUAUGAAGGGGCAUAUAUCUCGGUGCUCAAAGACACAUAUGACGCCUCGAUCACGCUUCCCACGUCUUCCGUGGCCGCCCUGAAGCAGGACCUGACCGAGAGGAGAAUUUCGGCUGUCGACACAGGCCUCGGCGGCCGCUACCACUACGCGCCACUCGAGCACGUCGUCCAGCCCAUCUUGGAGGCUUGCAGCACGUUUGGUCCGGCGUCCUUUGGCCCGCCCCGGGCUUUGGUACGUUCGAACGACGACGGCGAAGCAUUGGACGACAGCACCUCGUCUGACCAUGCCAGGGCGGCCCUUCGAUCCAUGCUGUCAAAGCGCUGCGAGUGGACGUCUGUCAUGGCCCCGGCGGCCGAGGCGCUCCAGUCGUUGGCGGGCCGGCCUGGCGCCUUCAUCCAGUCGUUUGGCGCCGAUGCCGUGCCGCUCUCGGUGUCGAAGGACAUCAAAGUGGUCAAGGCAGCCAACAUAUUAGCAGCCGACAUAUUAGUAGCCAACUCAAAGUCGGCAGCCAACUCAAAGUCACAUGCACAACCCAGCGGGAGCGAACAGCCACAGGACCAGCACCGGUACCCACCAGGGGCCAUAGCGGUGGUUGGCAUGUCGUGCAAGUUCCCAGAUGCGGACUCUGUCGACGAGUUCUGGCAGAUGCUCCUCGACGGCCGGUCCGCUGUCCAGCCCAUUCCGCCGUCGCGGUGGACCGACGACAGGUCGACACGCGCGGGGCUGUACAGGGAAAAAAAGAAGGACAACAAUAAGAAGACGCAAAUGCCCCAAUUUAUGGGAAACCUUGUGCGGGAUAUCGACGCCUUCGACCACCGCUUCUUCAAGAAAUCGGCCCGCGAAGCUGCGUCCAUGGACCCACAGCAGCGGCUGCUCCUCGAGGCGACGUACGAAGCCAUGGCGUCGGCCGGCUACUUUGCCAACCCGUCCCGGCCGCACGACGUGGGCGUGUACAUCGGCAUGAGCUCGACCGACUACGACGCCAACGUGGGUACGCACGCUGCCAACGCCUUCUCGACGCUGGGCACAUUGCGCGCCUUUAUCAGCGGCAAGCUAUCGCACUACUUUGGCUGGACCAGCCCGUCGCUGACAAUCGACACGGCGUGCUCAUCCUCGGCCGUCGCCAUACACUCGGCGUGCCAGGCCAUCCGCAACGGCGACUGCAGCCGCGCCGUGGCAGGGGGCGUCGUCCUGCUCACGGCGCCUUACAUCCACGAGAACCUGGCGGCCGCGCACUUUCUAAGUACUACGGGCCCGUGCAAGCCAUUUGACGCGCGCGCUGACGGCUACUGCCGCGGCGAGGGUGUCGGCCUCGUCGUGCUCAAGGACCUAGCGGCGGCGCAGAGGGACGGCAACGAGAUCCUGGCCGUCAUCGGGGGGUCGGGCGUGAACCAGAGCCGCAACUGCGGUGCAGGCAACAGCGCGCCCAUCGCCGUGCCUGUCGCCGACUCGCAGCGGCAGCUGUUCGAGACCGUAGCGGCGCGAGCGGGCAUCGCGCCAGGCGACGUGUCGCUGGUCGAGGCGCACGGCACGGGAACGCCAGUCGGAGACCCCAUCGAAAUGGAGAGCAUCCGGGCCGUGUUUGGGGCCGGCGGCAACCCCGCGGCGCGCAAGCAGCCGCUGUACGUGUCGUCGGUCAAGGGCGCCAUCGGACACCUCGAGGGCGCGUCGGGCGUGGCCGGCCUGAUCAGGGCCAUCCUGCAGAUCGAGAAGCGCACGGCGACAGUGCAAACUUCUUUCGCUACGCUCAACCCCAAGAUUGCCGCGCUCGAGCCUGACAAGAUCGUCAUUCCCACCCGCAACUUUGCCUUGCCGCAGGGCGACUUCUUGACGGCGUGCGUCAACAACUACGGCGCGGCGGGGAGCAAUGCGGCCCUGAUUGUCAUGCAGGCUCCCCAGAAGAAAAGGCCGGGCAGGACAGUCACACCGCCGUCGUCACUAAAGCAGCCCAUUCUCGUGGCCGCACACACCCCCGAAAGCCUGUCUGCCUACUGCCGUGCGCUGGCUGACCAGCUACGAGCUCAGGCUCACAAAAACAAGAACGAGGCAUACGACUUUCCAAGUCUCGCCUACAGCCUCGCGCGGAGGCAAAAUCAGGAGCUCCCCUACUCGCUCAUAACUACAGCCUCAGACGUGCACGACCUGGAGACGCAGCUCAGGCGACAGCAGCAUACUACGAGCAGCGGCAACAGCACCAACAAGCUGGAGCCAAGACCAACCAAAGCGCCCCCUCUUGUCCUUGCAUUCGGUGGUCAAGUCGGCGACCACGUCGGCCUCGACAGGGACUUCUGGGAACAGUCGGCCCUCUUCCGCUUCCACCUGGACCAGUGCGACGAGACGCUGCGGUCGCUGGGCAAGCCGUCGCUGCGGUCGCUGGACAAGCCGUCGCUGCGGUCGCUGGGCGAGCCGUCGCUGCUGUACCCGGGUGUGUUCUCGUCAGACCCCGUGUCCGACAUUGCCGCGCUGCACGCCAUGGUCUUCUCGGUGCAAUACGCCAGCGCCAAGGCGUGGAUCGAUGCGGGGCUGGCUGUCGACGCGCUGGUCGGCCAUAGCCUGGGCCAGCUGACGGCGCUGUGCGUGUCGGGCGCGCUCUCGCUCGCCGACGGGCUACGGCUCGUCGUUGGCCGCGCUGAGCUGAUGCAGGCGCACUGGGGCCCCGAGCGCGGUGCCAUGCUCGCCGUCGAGGCACCCAUGGACACGAUCCAACGGCUCCUGGCCGACCAGCAGGACAAAGACAACGAGCAGGACAAAGACGACACGCUCGAGGUGGCCUGCUACAACGGGCCCAGGUCGCACGUGCUUGUGGGCUCGGCCGCCGCCGUUGACUCCUUCCAGCGUCACCUCGCCGACGAGGGCGUGCGUGCCAAGCGCCUGGCCGUCACGCACGGCUUCCACAGCCGCCUCACUGACGCCGUGGUCCCGCCGCUCGAGAAGCUGGCGCGCGGACUGGGCAGCAUGCGUGUGCCGCAGAUGCGCCUCGAGACGUGCUCGCCCGACAGAAGUUGGACUGCAGUGACGCCCGAGCUCGUGGCGGGCCACACGCGCGAGCCCGUCUACUUUACGCAGGCGGUCCGGCGCCUGGCCGACUCGUUGGGCGAGGGGUGCACCUGGCUCGAGGCCGGGACCGAUUCGGGCGUAACUGCCAUGGUUCGCCGCGUCUUGGACGACGAUAAGAGCAACAGCAAGAGCCACGUCUUCCAACCCGUGGCUCUCAGCCGGGAUAAUAAGAAGAAGAAGGAGCCACUGCUCAACACACUGGCGGACGCCACCGUGCACCUGUGGCGGAGGGGGCACCGGACGCGCUUCUGGGGGUUUCAUCCCCGCCAGCAGGCGCAGUACGACUUUGUCAGGCUACCACCUUACAGCUUCGAGAAGACAAGACACUGGCUCGACAUCGUGCCUCUCCCGGAGCCCGUCGUUGUGUCGGCGCCGCCGCCACCGCACUUGGACCGCGUCGCAGCCGAAUCUCCAGCCGAACAUGAAAUCCUCCCCCCCACGCUGAUCGCGCUCGAAGCGCGCUCCGGCGACAACGAGACGACAUUUGCCGUCAAUCCACGGUGCGAAGAGUACACGCGCUUCGUGGGCGGGCACGUCGUUGCCGGCGCCCCGCUGUGCCCGGCCACCAUGUACGUCGAGAUGGCGGUGCGGGCGGCGCGCGAGGUCUUGGCCCCCGCCCCCAUGCCGGCCGCCUUUUCCGUGCACGACCUGCAGAUCGAGUCGCCGCUGGGCCUAGCCGCCGACCGCCGCAUCACGCUACGGGUGCAUCAUCGGCCGGCUGCGGGGUCGCCGUCGGCGUUUCGCUUCCACGUCAGCAGCCAGCCCCUGCACCAGGCAGGCCGCGAGUCCCGGGCCUCGGUCCACGCCACGGGCCAGGUGAUCCUGCACGACGACUCGAACGGCUCGGGCGCGGCUGUGCGCGACGAGCUGGGCCGGUUCGAGCGGCUCGUCAGCCAGGACGCCGUCGACGCGCUACUGUACGCCCCCGACGACGACGCGGCCGAGUCGGUGCACGGCUCGAUGCUGUACCGCCUGUUCUCACGCGUCGUCGAGUACCAACCCCUGUACCGCGGCAUACGGAACGUGGCGGUGGCGGCGGCGGCGGCGGCGCGGCGCGGCGCGGCGGACACGGCGGCCAGCACCGUGGCGGUGGUAGAAGGCGAUGCCAUGUUCCGCGGCAACAGCGACACGCUGACGCUGCCGUCGGUCGUCGACGCCUUCAUACAGCUGAGCGGGGUGCAUGCCAACGUCUUUGACAAGGGCUGCGGCGAGGGCGAGGUCUUUGUCAUGACGAACCUCGCGCGGCUGGUGUUUGGGCCGGGAUUUUCACUGGGCGACGAGGGCAACAAGAAGAAGACGUUCAAGAUCUGGCUCACGGCGUCCAAGAGCCGGCCUAGCGACAAGGAGCGGACACACGACCUGUUUGUCUACGACGCUGCGAUAGGGUGCAUCGUGGUGAUGAUCCUGGGCGCGCGCUUCACCCGCGUCUCGUACAGUUCGCUGGCCAAGGUACUGUCUCGCGCCAACAACACCAACACCACCAAGAACAACAACAACAACAACAACAACACCACCAACAACAACAACAACACCACCAACACCACCAACACCAACACCAUCAACAAGGCGGAGCUGGCGCCGACGCCGGCGCCGGCUGCUGUGCGAGUUCGACGACAAGCACAGCAGGCAAUCGAGCUUGCUCCCCCCGUGGUGGCCUCCCGCCUACCGGCACUUGCACCCCCACCACCGGCGCAGCAAGCCAAGACCCUCGAGAUAACCACAGCACCAGCCCUCGACCGCAGCGGCGCUAUCUUCAACGACGUGUGCGUGCUGGUCGAGCGUGUGGCCGAGGUGCCCCGCGACCAGAUCAAGGGCGACGUGUCGCUCGACGAGGUCGGCAUCGACUCGCUGAUGCUGAUGGAGGUCUUCAGCGAGAUAUCGGCCCACUUCGACGUCGAGCUGCCUCUCGACGCGCUCGAGAACAUGGCCGACGUCGACGCCCUAGUGCGCUACCUGAUGCAGCAGGGCGCCUCGGGCUCGUCCAGCAGCGACACGGACGCGGGCAUCGGCUCGCCUGCAGACGUCGACGCGCUGUCUGAAGAUGCCGAUGCCGAUGCCGCCGCCACCUCGACGCCCGCCAGCAGCACAGACGUCUCUGUCUCGUCCGCCUCGCUAGACGCGAAGACGGGUACCGCCGCCGCCAGCGGUGCUUUAGUCGCCGGGCUCGCAGCGCUCCUGCAGUCGCACCUGGAGCUGGUGUCGCCGCCCACGCUGCAGGCUAACCUGGCCGAUCUGGGUCUGGACUCGCUCCUGUGCAUCGAGCUGGCCAGCGACGUGCAGGCCGAGUUUGGCGUCGAGCUUGAUGUGUACCAGCUCGAUGAGAAGUCGACCUUUGCCGAUCUCGUCAAGCUGGUCGACCCCGGUUUCGCGGCCGCUGUUUCCAAGUCGCUGGCAGCAACCGUGGCUACCAACGGUACAUCCAACGGCACAACCAACGGCACAACCAACGGCACAACCAACGGCACAACCAACGGCACAACCAACGGCACAUCCAAUGGGACCAAGACACCAUCAUGGGACGCAGUAGGCCCUGUCAUCGCUAAUGGCAUCCACAGGUCCGACAAUUCUGCUACCAGCGGCGCCGUGUCGACCAGGUUCAACGGACACUCGUCUGCUCCAUCAUCCAACGCAGCACAGAUCUACGAAGACACACGGCUGGGGUUUGACCAGUUCGCCGACGAGCAGGGCUUCACCGCCUUCUGGACAAACGUGUAUCCGCACCAAGCCGCGCUCGUCGUCUCGUACGUCGGCCAAGCCUUCAAGCAGCUGGGCGUCGACCUGUCCUCGAUAGCCGCCUCGCGUGCGAUCCCGCCUCUGCAGGGUGUUCUCCCCAAGCACAAGCAUCUCGUCCGCCAGAUGCACAUGAUCCUGGUCGACGGCGGCUACAUUGCGGGCGGAAAGGGCGACGGCGACGACGACGACGACCACUACACGCGGACCGCCAAGCCAUACGACCUGGCUCUCCCAGAAUCACUGCUGGCCGACAUCACGCGGCGCUUCCCGCUGCACGCUGCCGAGCACCGCCUCCUCGACGUGACGGGGUCCCGCAUGGCGGCAUGCUUGACAGGCCGUGCCGAGCCGCUCCAGCUGCUGUUCGCCAACAAGGCGAACCGCACGCUGCUGGCCCAGGUGUAUGAGGGAGGCCCCGUGUUCCGCGCCGCCACGCACUUCCUGGCCGCGUACCUGAAGCGCGUCUUUUCCGGCUCGGGCGGGCCCGUCCACGUGCUCGAGGUCGGGGCCGGCACAGGCGGCACCACCCGCUACCUGGUCGACCACUUGGCUCGUGCCGGCGUGGACUUCACCUACACCUUCACCGACAUCUCAGCGGCGCUGGUGUCGCAGGCGCGGUCCAAGCUCGCCAGCUCGCCGCCCGAGAUCCGGGACCGCAUGCGCUACACCACGCUGGACUGCGAGAAGCCGGCACCGCCCGAGCUGGCGGGCCGCUACGACGUGGUCGUGUCGACCAACUGCGUGCACGCCACCCCCGACGUCGGCGCGGCGGCCCGCAACAUCCGCCAGCUGUUGCGCCCCGACGGGUUUCUGGCCCUGGUCGAGUUCACGCGGAACCUCUUCUGGUUCGAUCUCGUCUUUGGCCUGCUCGACGGCUGGUGGUACUUUGCCGACGGUCGCGACCACGCCCUCGGGUCGGCUGCCUUCUGGGACGGUGCCCUGCGCGGCGCCGGCUUCCCCCACGUGAGCUUUUCGGGCGGCGACACGGACGAGGCCCGCACGCUGAGGGUCAUCUGCGCCUUCAACGACGGCCUGCGCGAGGUCAGCACCUUCCGGGGGGGUGCUGUCGGUUCUAGUGCUGCGACUGCCGUCUCAUCCCCGUCUUCGUCCCUAUCAUCCUCAUCAUCUUCUCCGUCUCCUACCCCCUCCUCGGCGGUCACAAGUAGCCGCCGUGCCGGCGUGCCCGUGGAGACGGUCGCGUGGAAGCACGUCGAUGGCGUCGAGCUGCUAGCCGACGUCUACUACCCGCUCGAGGCGGACGCCCCAGGCUCGCCGAAGCGGCCAGUCGCCCUCCUCCUCCACGGCGGCGGCUACGUCGCCUGCACGCGCCGCGACAUCCCCAUGCGCCACGUCAAGCGCCUCCUCGGGCUCGGCCUGCUGCCCGUCGGCGUCGACUACCGCCUCUGCCCCGAGGUGACUCUGCAAGCCGGCGCGCUGGCUGAUGCCGUUGACGCCAUCGCCUGGGCCCGCGGCCCCGCGUCACGGGUGGCCCGCCACGUCGACGCCGACAGGCUGGCCGUCGUCGGCUGGUCCGUCGGCGGGCACCUGGGCAUGAUAGCAGUGGCGGCCUGCAGGGAUGCCGGUAUUCGCCCGCCAGAUGCCGUCGUAGCUUUCUACGCGCCGUCGGAUUUUGAAAGCGAUUGGUGGAAAUCGCCCAUCUACCCGGCCUGUAUCCCCGAGACGCCAGAAUCCGAGGUCGGUUACGAAGAGGAGCUGCUCGACGGCGUCGGUGACCAGCCCAUGACGGGCUACGCACCGCCCAGCAACCGCAACCGGCCGGGCAUGUUCAUCACGCUGCGCGACCCGCGGUGGCGCAUCUGCGCACACAUGAACUGGGCCGCGCAGAUGGUGCCCAUCCUGGUGCACGGCCUCCCUAGCCGGCGCCAAGCCAAGACCCUCCUCGCCAACGCCAGCGCCAACGGCAACGCCAACGCCAACGGCACCGCCAACGCCAACGGCAAGCACCACUGGACCCGCCUCCCGUGGCCGACGCCCGCGCAGGUGCGCACCAUCAGCCCGCGCGCUCUCAUCGCCGCCGGCGCCUACGCCGUGCCGACCUUCAUGGUCCACGGCGCGCUCGACGACAUGAUCCCCCCGCGCCAGACGGCCGACACGGUCGCUGCCCUGCGCGCUCGCGGCGUCGAUGCGCAGCUCGCGCUUGUCGAUGGUGUCGGCCACGGGUUCGAUCUCGCGCCGGGCGCGGAUCCACAGGGCGAGGGCUGGCUGGCUGUGGAACAGGCGUACGCGUUUCUGUGUCGCUACGUGGUCGUGUGA